AUUUUUGUUGCUUUCGUUUGAAGUCAUUUUCCGUAUUUGAAUGAUGUCGGGCAGAGCGCAUCGCUCCUUGAUUCUGCUUGCUUUUGUGCUCCUGGCCUGCUGCAUUGGCUGGAGCUCUGCAACGCAAUGGCGAAUGUAUACGGUUGAGAGCGACGCGAGUGUGUUUAUUGUGAGCGGACGCCAUGUUCCACCGUCACCGGCGACGACCACCAUCGCCGCGGCUUCUUCAUCGUCAACACUGACCGACAUCGAUAUCAGUGUCACGGGUGAGGAUCAGCCGAGCUCGAACGAGGACCGCGUGGGAACACACAUCUCCCGCCAAAUCCCGGCACGGACUGGGAUCCAGCAGCAGCAAGCCAUCCGCUUCGACUGGUCUGGCGUGAGCGUCGCGACGACGGUGAUGAAUGCGACUCGCAUCGUGCUCAGCGUCGCGCUGGACGGCGCAGACAACUCGUCGCAGGCACACUUUGAGGUGCUCGUUCGCGACGCAGCCACGCCGUUGAGCAACCAGUCCAUCCUGUACCAAGCAAGGGUCAUUGUGUACAGCGCCAAUGCGUCCACAAUCGAGUGCGUAACAUUGCCUGUGGACGAUCUGCCGCUGCUCAACCCGGCGCAGGUCUAUUCGGUCGAGAUCAACAAGCGCACCGAAGCGAGCGGCGGGAUUGUCUACUUUUGCGGCAUGGGCGUAGCCGAUGACACGAUGGCGACCGACAGCCAUGAGAACGAGAAUGUUGAUCAUAUUAGCAACAAGAAGAAGCACGGCAAGAAUGUCGAGAUCAAGACCGACGAAAGGAUGGCAAUGACUGGAAACAAGUUUGCCAACCCAAGCAUGCAUCGCCCAUCGCACCAUCCUGCUGCUGCUGUCGCGGGGCGGAGGAUUGAAUGGCUCGGCGCGUCGCUCACCUGCGGGUUUGGCGAUGAAGGAACCGCUCCGUGCGACUUUUCGUGGUACACUGAAAACAAUUACCUAUCACACGGCCCCAUCACGUCGCGCGCGUUGAAGGCUGAGUACCACAUCGAAGCGUGGAGUGGCAAGGGUGUCAUCCGAAACUAUGGCGACACUGGCUUUUCUGUUUGCCCCUUCCCAUGCUACUUUAACCGCACACUGGCCAACAGCAAUCUGCUUUGGGAUUAUGGUGCCUGGGUUCCACAGGCCGUUGUCAUCAAUCUGGGAACAAACGACUACUGGACGACUCCGUAUCCUACAGAUGACCAGUUCAUUGAUGGUCUCAUUGGCUUUGUCAAGCAGAUUCAGACCGCCUAUGCACCCUACACGACUGACAUUGUCUUCUUCCUCGCUUGCGGUCCGAUGCUCACUGGGCAUCCGUGCGAUAACGUCAAGGCAGCUGCAGAAAAGUCGGCGACCUACUACAUUGAUAUUCAUCCAGCGCUCAACUCGACCGACUGGGGCUGUGAUGGACACCCCAACCUUGAUGGACAGGCAAAGAUGACUCAAAUCACUAUUCCGUUCAUCGGAUCGGUCAUGGGCUGGUUGUGAGCUUUGCCUCACACAAGCACAAACAUGCGCAUGUAAAAACUCGUGCUCUGGAAGGUGUUGCUAUUUUGUUUUUUCCCAUACCAUGCGCAUUGCUAGAACACAAACCCAAAAAAAAAAAACACCAACAAAAACCC